AUGGCGGACGCUGUCUCGAAGCAUCGAGCUGAGUUUGCCUUUGCUCAGCUUGAGAACGAGAGAGCUCUGACAUCUCUUCGUGACGAGCUAAGAGUAGCUCGUGGUAUUGUUGAUCGGUCUCGGGAUGAGAUAACUGCUCUUCAGACCCUUGUCGAUGCCCACCAUCGGGAGCACAAGGCUCUCUGCGAGAUGCUUGAACGCAAGGGCGUUCUUCAUCGGAUGAAACAGCGUCCUGAUGGUAUGGCUUAA